AUGAGCGAGCUGCAGGCGCCUCAUACAAUUGAAUCGACGCAGUUGUCACACUGUGUGCCGUGUUUUAAAGAGGAACUGACACAACGCCGUGCCAACAACCGGCUUUCAGGGACCAGCUCUCAGGGACCUCACGGAGAGGGAGGCUCUCAGGAACCUAACGGAGAGAGCGGUUCUCAGGGACCUCACGGAGAGAGCGGCUCUCUGGACUUCACGCUGAAACCGGCUCUCAAGGACCUCACGGUUGUUGAAGGACUGCUGCAUUAUGAGCGCUCGAGACGAGACGGAGAGAUGUGA